GGCAGCCCUCUCAACUUAAGCAAGACAGCAGCAGCAGCAGCAGCAGCAGCAGGUCGGUCCACGAGCUUGCCGGUGUCUUCCAACUUCCAAGAAGCAGCCUAGGUUAGGUAGCUUAGUUUAGGAGGAAGCCAGCUGCAAGAAUGGGAGGGAGCAUGUCGUGCUUCGGCGGCAGCGGCCGGGACUACGACGAGGCGUACGAGCAGCCGCGGCGGUCGUCGAGGAAGGUGCGGCCGAGCGACGAGGACGGGCUGUGGUACGUCGGGGAGCGGGACGUCGACAGGAAGGCCACGGAGUUCAUCGCCAGGUUCCACGCCUCCGCCAGCUACGUCGAGGCUACCUAGGCUCGCUUGAUCUUCUGCUGCUUCCGCCGGUGAUCUCCGGGUCCGGCUACGUACCUCAGGCGCCCCGAGGUGGCUGGCCAGUCCGCUUGGUUAAUCGGCCAUUGAUUAGUCUUGGUUAUUAUCUACAUUAAUCUUUGUGAUUAAGGGUGUGUAAUUUAAAUAUGUAUGUAUUCCAUAAAUAAGAGCAAUGGUGGAGGCAUGAGCUUAUGUA